AUGACACUGACCCAAUGGGACCACUACGAUGUGGUGUUGUGUAAAUUUUUCCCGACUAUUCUAAGAGAUGAAUCCCUAUUAUGGUAUAACAAUCUACCCAAAGGCUCAGUCAAAUCAUUUGCUCACCUAUCCGAGCUGUUUUUAGAAACAUAUAUUCAUAACAGUAGAAUCCGACCAGAAGUUGAUGCGCUGUUUCAAAUAUGUAGAGGACCAAACGAGUCGCUCCGCUCCCUGGUGACACGAUGGAGAAAACUAUGUGCCGAGAUCGGAAAGGUCCCUGAAGACUAUGCGAUCUUAGGUUUCAAGAAUAGUCUUAGAAAGACAGACCCUCUUUUUGUCCGCAUGUAUGAGGCCAUGCCAAAAAGCUUGGGCAAGCUAAGAGAAAUCCAAGAGGACUACAUAGCCUUGGAGGAACUCCAUGAUGGAACUUAUGACAAGAUGGCAAAAGGAAAUAGUAGAGGAGCAAAUGUGGUAGAACCACAGAGCCGCCCAGUACCGGCCCAAGGAGUAAGGCGAUCCAACAAUGGGUCAACUCAGUUUGACAACCAUCGGACUGGAGGAUGGAAAAGAAAAUACCAGACCCAACAGAAGAAGGGAAAGUUCAUUGACCCAGUCUAUACUACCUAG